AUGAGUAACUUAUCAUUAUAUUGGGUUUUAUUUGUAAUCUUUAAAAAUAUCUGUAUUAUUAAAGCUAAUUGGAUAACAGGCAAUCUCUGCUGGUCAAUGCCCUGUCUGAAUGGUGGUUCAUGUUUUGGAUCAGCUUAUACUUACCUUUGUGUAUGUCCUGUCGAUUACAGCGGCGUUCUAUGUGAACAUCGAAUCGGCCCAUGUCAAGAAAAUCCAUGUGGCAAUCGCGGUCGAUGUAUAGAAGCAAGCUUGACAACAUUCGAAUGCGAAUGUUAUUUUGGUUAUAUGGGUCCGAUAUGCUCGGAAAUCGUUCCAAGAAAUCAAUCUAAUCUGUGGUCUGCAUUAUUACCUGUUCAUACGCAGAUCUUAUUCGAUAUAUUACAAGAAUCGUACAAAGCGACAUCGAAAGACAAAUCGUCAUCUGAGAUAGAUUUUCUUGAUUUAAUGACUACAAGCACACUUAACAACUUGCCUGAUGUUUCCACAACAACAAUUCGAACUGAACUUGAAGAAACUGAAUUUGUUAUUAAAGCAGAGGAGAUCGAUCUGAAAAAGAUCUUCUCAGAUGUAACCACCAUACCAACAACACCUAUCUACACUGACGAAGAAGUAGAUUAUUCUGACAACAGCACCGUUUUCUAUACUACAACUGUGGAGAAUAUAACCAGCACAAGUAUUGGUCAGACUGACCAAACAUUGUCAGAUACAACUGAAAGCGCGUCAUUGCCAGCGACAUCCUAUGAAACAUCAACUGAUAUUGACACAAGUGAUUCCACGGAGGCAGUAACUACAAGUUCUGAUAUCGAUACGUCCAUUGUUACACAAUCUGAUGAUCCAACGACAACAAUCUUCACUGAUACUACUCAGUCAUAUCCAUUAGAUCCAACAUCUAUUACUUCUUCUGUCCAAUCAGAGCAUGUGAACACAACGUUCAAUGUCCGAACAGCCAGUAAUCGACUACUUCGCAAAUUAUGCCGACGGAUCCUAUCACAGAUCUUCCCCAGUGCACCGUCAGUCGAUGAUGUGGAAACUGGUUUAUCGUUACCAUUGCAUUCCUUAUCUGCAAACAAUACGAAUACAUUCCUAUCUUGGAUUCAGAAGCAUCUAAAUAUUUCUACAAAUCCAGUUCAAACAUCAACAUCUGUGCCGCUAGCAAUCGAUAACUUCGAUAGAUCAUCGGUUCCAUUACAACGAAUAGAUGUUGACGAUAUACUUCAUCAAAUGAAUAGCAAACAUCAAGAUUUUGAACAUUAA